AUGAUUGAGGGAAUGGUGAAGGAUGGUGUUAUUGAACCUUCAUCUAGUCCAUGGUGUUCACCUGUGGUGCUGGUAAAGAAGAAGGACGGCAGCAUGCGGUUUUGUGUUGACUACCGCCGCCUGAACGACGUUACGAAGAAGGACAGCUAUCCCUUGCCUAGAAUUGAUGACACGCUGGAUAUGCUCACAGGCGUAAAGUGGUUUAGUACGCUGGACCUGAAAAGUGGCUACUGGCAGGUUGAAAUUGACCCUAAGGACAAGGAGAAAACUGCAUUUUCCACAGGAAAGGGUCUGUGGCAAUUUAAAGUCAUGCCGUUUGGAUUGUGCAAUGCUCCAGCAACGUUUGAAAGGUUGAUGGAGCUUGUACUUACCGGGCUAAUUGGAGAUGCUUGUCUGGUCUAUUUGGAUGACAUCAUCAUCGUAGGCCGUACGUUUGAGGAACACCUUCAAAACCUGGAACGCGUGCUCAUGAAGAUCCAGAGUGCCAACCUCAAGUUGAGUCCAAAGAAGUGCUCACUAUUCAAACGGCAAGUUAGUUUUUUGGGGUAUGUAGUGUCGGAAGAAGGUAUCCGCACGGAUCCAGAGAAAAUUGCUGCUGUCAAGGAGUGGCCGGUCCCAAAAGACAAGACACAGGUUAGAGCAUUUUUGGGUUUGUGCUCUUAUUAUCGGCGAUUUGUGAAGAACUUUGCAAAUAUAGCCAAACCUCUGCACAAGCUAACCGAGGAGAAGCGACAAUUCUGCUGGGAUGAAAGUUGCGAUAUUGCAUUCCAGGAGCUCAAGAACCGCCUGUGCAAAACACCUAUUUUGGGGUACCCUGAUGCGGGCAAGGAAUUCAUAGUUAACACAGACGCAAGUGAUAUAGGACUUGGCGGUGUGUUGUCUCAACGGAAUGGUGAUCAAGAGAUUGUGAUAGCGUACUUCAGCAAGUCGUUGUCAAAGCCGGAAAGGAACUAUUGUGUCACAAGACGGGAAUUGCUUGCUGUGGUAAAGUCCUUGCAGCAUUUUAGCAAAUAUCUUCUAGGGCGGAAAUUCCACUUACGAACUGACCAUGCUGCACUGAAAUGGCUAUUGCAGUUCAAAAAUCCGGAAGGACAAGUUGCGAGAUGGAUAGAACUACUGCAGGAAUACGACUUUGUGAUCGAACAUCGCAGCGGGAAAUCUCAUGGCAAUGCAGAUGCAUUGUCAAGAAGACCUUGCCCUGAAGAUUGCAAGCAUUGUACUAGGCAAGAGGGUAAGGAAGUGGUAUCUGUGAGAAUGCUCAGGACAGACCAGCUCAGCAAUGAGUGGAAGGACAGCCUACAACAUGCACAGCAGGAAGAUUCGGACAUUAAGCCGAUUCUGGAAUGGAUGAAGGCCAGUGCUCCUAAGCCCAAGUGGAGCGACGUCUCAGCAAUGAGUUCGACCACGAAAAGCUAUUGGGCCCAAUGGGACAGCUUGCUGAUUCAGGAUGGAGUCCUGUGCCGUAAAUGGGAAAAUGGUCGGGGAGACAGGUGUCAUUUGCAAAUGGUUGUCCCUAAGGUUAAAGUGCCGGAUAUUCUACGGCUGUACCAUAGUGGUUGUUCAGGAGGCCACCUGGGAGUUAAAAAAACUCUCCUGAAGAUCCGAGAACGGUUUUACUGA